AUGUCCUACCCAGCCUUUGUAGACGGAGCCCCACCAGUGGUGACCUUGAAAGAGUACGACGUUGCGCCCUGGGCGGGCACCACCUGUGUCGACAGACAAGCCUCUGGCUACGUUGUGGUUGUGAUGCAGGAGCCCACCAAGGUUGUUGCCAGAAUCCACAAGGAUGACGACGAGACCUUGGACAAGAUUUUCCGUUCUGCCCACUCCACCCACGCCUCCCAAGGUGCUAAAUAG